GCCGACCAAAGAGGGCGGAGAAACCACAAACCCCAGAAGCCCUCACGUCCACUCUUCUCCCUCCCCUCCAGGAGUCGGAGUGCUGUUUUUGUUGUUGGUGGAAGGUGAGGGAACAGCUGAUCCGUGUGUGGGGAGGGCAGAUAUCGUGAGGGCAGAAUGGAGGAAUCAUCACUAAGCCGGGCACCUUCCCGAUGUGGAGUCAACUUUCUGAAUGUAGCCCGGACCUACAUCCCCAACACCAAGGUGGAAUGUCACUAUACCCUUCCCCCAGGCACCAUGCCCAGUGCCAGCGACUGGAUUGGCAUCUUCAAGGUGGAGGCUGCCUGUGUUCGGGAUUACCACACGUUUGUAUGGUCUUCAGUGCCUGAAAGUGCGGCUGAUGGCUCCCCUGUCCACGCCAGCGUCCAGUUCCAAGCCAGCUACCUGCCCAAACCUGGAGCCCAGCUCUACCAGUUCCGAUAUGUGAACCGCCAGGGCCGGGUGUGUGGGCAGAGCCCCCCUUUCCAGUUCCGAGAGCCAAGGCCCAUGGAUGAACUGGUGACCCUGGAGGAGACUGAUGGUGGCUCUGACAUCCUGCUGGUUGUCCCCAAGGCCACCGUGCUGCAGAACCAGCUGGACGAGAGCCAGCAAGAGAGGAAUGACCUGAUGCAGCUGAAGCUGCAGCUGGAGGGACAGGUGACAGAGCUGAGGAGUCAAGUACAGGAUCUCGAGACGGCUCUGGAGACUGCCAGGCAGGAGCACGCAGAGCUGAUGGAGCAGUACAAGGGGCUUUCCCAGUCACACGGGGAGCUCAUAGAAGAGAGGGACAUCCUGAGCCAGCAACAGGGAGACCAUGUGGCACGCAUCCUGGAGCUGGAAGAUGACAUCCAGACCAUCAGUGAGAAGGUGCUGACAAAGGAGGUGGAGCUGGAUAGGGUGAGAGACACAGUGAAGGCCCUGACUCGGGAACAAGAGAAGCUCCUCGGGCAACUGAAAGAAGCGCAAGCAGAUAAGGAGCAAAGUGAGGCUGAGCUCCAAAUGGCACAACAAGAAAACCAUCGCUUAAAUUUGGAGCUGCAGGAAGCGAAGGGCCGGCAGGAGGAACAGGGUGCUCAGGCCCAGCGACUCAAGGACAAGGUGGCCCAGAUGAAGGACACCCUAGGCCAGGCCCAGCAGCGUGUGGCUGAGCUGGAGCCCCUGAGGGAGCAGCUUCGAGGAGCCCAGGAGCUUGCAGCCUCAAGCCAGCAGAAAGCCGCCCUUCUCGGGGAGGAGCUUGCCAGCGCAGCGGGAGCCAGGGACCGCACCAUGGCAGAGCUCCACCGCAGCCGCCUGGAAGUGGCUGGAGUCAAUGGCAGGCUGGCUGAGCUCAGCCUGCACUUGAAGGAGGAAAAAAGCCAGUGGAGCAAGGAGCGGGCAGGGCUGCUGCAGAGUGUGGAGGCCGAGAAAGACAAGAUCCUGAAGCUGAGUGCAGAGAUACUUCGACUGGAAAAGGCAGUUCAGGAGGAGAAGACCCAGAACCAAGUGUUCAAGACUGAACUGGCCCGGGAAAAGGAUACGAGCCUGGUGCAGCUGUCAGAGAGCAAGCGGGAACUGACAGAGCUGCGGUCAGCCCUGCGUGUGCUCCAGAAGGAAAAGGAACAGUUGCAGGAGGAGAAGCAGGAACUGCUGGAGUACAUGAGAAAGCUGGAGGCCCGCUUGGAGAAGGUGGCAGACGAGAAGUGGAGUGAGGGCGCUGCCACAGAGGACGAGGAGGCGGCUGCAGGGCUGAGCUGCCCAGCGGCUCUGACAGACUCAGAGGAUGAGUCCCCGGAAGACAUGAGGCGCCCUCCCUAUGGCCUGUGUGAGCGGGGAGACUCAGGCUCCUCUCCUGCUGGGCCACGAGAGGCUUCUCCCCUGGUUGUCAUCAGCCAGCCGGCUCCCAUUGCCCCCCAUCUCUCAGGGCACGCUGAGGACAGCAGCUCUGACUCGGAGGCCGAAGAUGAGAAGUCAGUGCUCAUGGCAGCUGUUCAGAGUGGGGGUGAGGAGGCCAAUCUGCUGCUUCCUGAGCUGGGCAGUGCCUUCUAUGACAUGGCCAGUGGCUUUGCAGUGGGUCCCUUGUCAGAGGCCAGCACUGGGGGCCCUGCCACCCCCCCGUGGAAAGAGUGCCCCAUUUGUAAGGAGCGCUUCCCAGCCGAGAGUGAUAAGGAUGCCCUGGAGGACCAUAUGGAUGGACACUUCUUUUUCAGCACCCAGGACCCCUUUACCUUUGAGUGAUCUCACCCUCCCCCCCCCCGCCCCAGGACAUGCCCAGAUACACUUACACACAGACACACACUCAUGCACACACAUACACUUGGGUCUCAUGCCUUCUCUGCCACCCUGGGCUCCAUGAUGUUCUGUUCCCUGAGAACCACUCCCUGAACUGUGUUCAUCCCAAGCUCUCACCUUCAUCCUCUCCCGCCUGGCUCUUUUGUCCAGGCAGGGCCCCUUCUUAGAAACAGUGGCUGACUUUACCCCCCUGAAAGCGGUUUUGGAGGAACCAGGAUGGAGGAGACCUUCCCCAGGGGGAAUAGGAUCACCCCCUCCUCACCCUGGUUGCUUCUGUCACUGACACCAGCCACCCCCACGCACACGCCCGCGCACACACAUGCACGCACACACACACACACACACACAUGCACUCAGACUCACACGUACUUUCUGCUGCCCCAAAGCCAAUUCCUGGGGCACCCCACCGUCUCUUAUUCGGGGUCUGUGUUGGUUUACCUGAGUUUUCUCAGGGGCCUGCAUCGAGGCAGCAGCGUGGACACCAUGGCCUCUUCAGGUCUCUUUCAGUUCUGAGCUUCAGUGGUUCCUUCCAUCCUCCAACCCCACCCCAUUGCCUUCUGCACCCUGCCCCAGCCUUUUCCACACCAUUAGGUAUGAAGUUUGGAGCUUUCUUUUGUAUUUUUGAGGUUUUCUGUUCUCUAUCUCCUGCCCUUCCCUGCCCUCCCUCCCCCAGUGUCCUCACAUGGAAAGAAAGAAUGCAUUUGUGCCUUCUGUGAGGGAUGAGGGGAACAGAUGGUCCCAGGUGUCCCCAUUUCUCACCCCUUCCUCCCUCUCCAGGUUCCCCCACAGCAAUAAGAGCUUUCCCUCUUUAUCCCUCCCUCAAUCUGUAGUUUGGACAAAUAUAUUUAUAUGAUAUGUAUAACAAUUCUAAUAAAAUGUGUUCUUA